AGAGAGAGAGAGGGAGAAAGAGCGAAGACGAAGAAGAGAACAUGAAGAGAAAACGGAGGGAAGAGUAGCCCUUCGGAGCGACAGCCAUUUCUUCGCUCGAGCAGUUCUUCGGAGUUACCUCCUUCGCAGCUUCGUUCGUCUUCGCUUCUCCGCCCGGUCGAUGAAGACCCACGAACGAAGCAAACGGAGCCGUCUCUCGUACCUCUCCCUCGCACCGCCCAAUUUCAGCCCUAAGUUAUUUAAUACAGUGGAUCAUGUCAUUCUUCCUAAUGGCAAUGGCCUAAAGAGACCAUGGACUUUGGUUAUCCCCAAAAUAUUACUCCAAAUAUCCUUAAGUUUUACAUCACUCAUGAAGUACACUUGCCAUUCUUGUCAAAAGUUCAAGGGGAACAGCUUGCUAAUAAAAAAAGGUUUUCUCAUGCAUAGAGAAACAAAUGGUCACUUGAUUGAAGAGUUUGUUGCUGAUGAUGUUGUUGCUUUUAGGUUUAUCAGUUUGAGGAAUGUUAAGAUGUAUAUUUAAUUUUAGACUGGGGUUGAUUUUGUUUUCUCGUAAUGUUUAUGCGGUUUGUCAAUAUGUGUCUUGGCCAAUCAUGUUUUCUUGCUUUUGGGUUGAAUGUUUAAUACUUGUGUUCUUUGCACCUUAGUUUUGUAAAAUGUUAUUAUUACCUUAUUGCUGGGGGAGAAAAAAAUCAUAAUAAUGAACUACUUACAAUUGCCAUGGGCACAGGUCAUUGUGCAACGCACAACGCCCCAUAACUAGUGUAUACAUAUGUAUAGCAGACCUAUGAGUUGUACUUUUUUUUGAGUAGCCUAUGAGCUAUACCUCACCAUCGUAGAUGAUCUCUGUAAAUCUCCUCCCACACCUUUCUCCCUCGUACGUCUCACCCACCCUCACUCUCUUUCCACUGCAAACCCCGCCCCCACCAUCUCUCCGACAACCCACUGCCCCCAUUAUCCCCCAUUGUCACGAUCCUUACACUACAGCACCCUCAAUACUUUAGCGACCUCACCUCCGACUGUCGAAGUUGGUGGUUAGGGUUAUGUUGUGAUUUCCACAUUGCAAGCCCCUCACACUUCGGCUCCAAGAGAGGAGAGUGGGACUCAGAGAGAGAGAGGGAGGGGUCAAUGGGGAGGGUAGCUACGGAGUGACUACCUAUUUGGUUGCUGGACUUUAAAAUGGCCAGAGAAAAUGCUAGCCGAAGCUGUUGGGUUGGGGUUAAGGGUAAAAUUGUUUUUUAAAAAAAGCACUUUAAUUCAUUUUGGGUCACAUCACCUCUCACAUUUUUACACUUUUUUUUAUAAAAAAAAGUCAAAAAAAAUAAAAAAAGUCAAAAAAAAUAAAAAAUCAACUUUUAACUAUCUUCUCAAAACACCUCUAAAGGUCACAAGUGUGGACUCUACGCCGAUGUGGGAUAUGUGGUUAGAUAUCCCUAACACUAUCCAAAGUAAAAAAUGUAACCAUCCUCAAAAUAACACGUGUUAGGGUAAAUGUGCUAUGUUGUGUCUAUGUAGGGUAAUAUAUACUAGUAUAUACAUGUAAGCUUGUCCCAUCAUUUCUUGUCUCUCGCUCUAGUCUUUUCAUCACUCUCUUUCAAUUGUAAUGGCUAAGAGAGCUUUUCUCGUUGCUGUCGUAUUUUCCAUCAUUAAGCACCAUUUUGGAAGAGCUUUGAAUGUUGCAAAAAGCUUAGGGUAUGAUUAUUUUUCAUUUCCUUUCGAUUUACGUGAAUUUUUUGACCUUUUUUUUUGUCUUUGUUUUUGAUUUUUUAUAUGAAGAAUGCGAUUGUUUCGAUAGACAGAAGAUGAAGAUGAAGUUAAAAAAAAUUAUGUAUGGAGAGCAAUAUGAGUUUCUUCAUAAGAACUUUGAAAAAGGAUGAGCUGAAACUUGAUGAGGAGAAGGAUGAGGAGACUGAUGGGAAGAAAAAGGAGGACGAGCUUGUUGUUAAGGAGAAAUAUGAGAAAAGGAAGAACGAUGAAGAGGAGCUUGAUGAAAAGAAGAUGGUUGAGGAGGGGGAGAUGGAUGAAGAGAAGCUUGUUGAAAAGAAGAAGAAAGAUGAGUUCUAUUUGUCUUGAAUGGAAUCUCUCUCAAAGGUUAUGAUUAUUCAGGGCAUUGGGGACAUGACUUUGAAGAGUUUAGCCACCCUCCUUUCUGUUGUAGGGAAGUUUCCUAAAGAGUCAUCGGUAGAAGUCAUUAAUGACUGGCAUAAGUGCCAAGGAAUAGAUGAGAGUUGUUACGUUAAUUUUGUCAUAUAUUAAUGUCAUGGACAAGAAGAUUGAUAGAAAGUUUGACAACCUAACUGAAAAAAUAGAUGUAAUAGAUGGGAAGUUCGACAACUUCACUAAAAAAAUAGAUGUCAUGGAUGGCAUCCAUUUUUUCAGUGAUGUAAAUUUUUCCCUAACAUCUAUUUUUUUAGUUAGGUUGUCAAACUUUCCAUCAAUCUUCUUGUCGCUGAUUUUAGUAUAUGAUAGAAUUCUUGUAAUUGCCUUCAUCUGUUUCUUGGCAUCUAUGCUAGUCAUGGAUUUAAUGACCUCUACCGAUACCCUCUUUAAGAGACUUUUCUGCAGCAGAGAGGGUGACUAGACUCUUCAAAAUUAUGUCCCCAAUGCCUUGAAUAAUCAUAACCUUUGAGAGGGAUUUCAUUGAAGACAAAUAGAAUUCAUCUUUGUUCUUCUUUUCAAGAAGCUCCUCUUCAUCCAUCUCCUUCUCCUCAACCAUCUUGUUUUCAUAAAGCUCCUCUUCAUUGUUCUUCCUGUUCCCAUAUUUCUCCUUAACAAGAAGCUCCUCCUCCUUUUUCUUCCCAUCAGUUUCCUUCUCAUCCUUCUCCUCAUAAAGUUUCAGCUCAUCAUUUUUCAAUGUUUUUAUGAAGAAACUCAUAUUGCUCUCCAUACAUAAUUUUUUUUAACUUCAUCUUCAUCUUCUGCCUAUCUAAACAAUCGCAUUCUUCAUAUAAAAAAAAAAAGGUCAAAAAAUUCACGUAAAUCGAAAGGAAAUGAAAAAUGAUCAUACCCCUAAGCUUUUUGCAGCAUUCGAAGCUCUUUUAAAAUGGUGCUUGAUGAUGGAAAAAACAACAACAACGAGAGAAGCUCUUUUAGCCAUUACAACUGAGAGUGUAUGAUGAAAAGACUAGAGCGAGAGACAAGAAAUGAUGGGACAAGCUUUAUAUGUAUAGACUAGUAUAUAUUACCCUACAUAGACACAACAUAGCACUUUUACCCCUAACACGUGUUAUUUUGAGCAUGGUUACAUUUUUUACUUUGGAUACUGUUAGGGAUAUCUGACCACAUAUCCCACAUGGUGUAUAGUCCACACUUGUGACCUUUAGAGGUGUUUUGAGGAGAUAGUUAAAAGUUUAUUUUUUUUAAAAAAAUGUGAGGUAAUGUGACCCAAAAUGAAUUGAAGUGUUUUUUUUUUUAAUAACAAUUUUACCCUUGACCCCAACCGAACAACUUCGGCCGGCAUUUUCUCCGGCCAUUUUAAAGUCUGCGACCAAAUAGGCAGCCACUCCCUAGCUACCCUCCCUGUUGACCCCUCUCUCACUCUCCUCUCUUGGGGCCGAAGUGUGACGGGCUUGCGAGGUGGAAAUCACAACCUAACCCUAACCAACAGCUUCGACAGUCGGAGGUGAGGUCGCUGAAGUAUUGAGGGUGCUGCGGUGUAAGGAUCGCGACGGUGGGUCACCGGAGAGUGAUGGUGGGGUUUGCAGUGGAAAGAGAGUGAGGGUGGUGAGAUGUACGGGAGGGGAAAGGUGUGGGAGGAGAUUUGCAGAGAUCAUCUGCAAUGGUGAGGUAUAGCUCAUAGGCUACUCCAAAAAAGGUACAAUUCAUAGGUCUGCUACAUAUGUAUACACUAGUUAUGGCCCAUGGCAAUUGUAAGUAGUUCAUUAUUAUGAUUUUUUUCUCUCGGCAAUAAGGUAAUAAUAGCAUUUUACAAAACUAAGGUGAGAAGAGCACUUGUAUUAAACAUUCAAUCCAAAAGAAAGAAAACAUGAUUGGCCAAGACACAAAUUGACAAACCACAAACAUUACAAGAAAACAAAAUAGACCCCAGCCUAAAAUUAAAUCUACAUCUUAACAUUCUGAUAAACCUGAAAGUAGCAACAAACCUUCAGUCAAGUGACCAUUUGUUUCUCUAUGCAUGAGAAAACUUUUUUUUAUUAGCAAGCUGUUCUACUUGAAGUGUGCACAAAAAUCAAAAUAUGCGGAGCACUAAAGUCCAAUAGCAUAAAACAAAAUAAAUAAACGAUGAAAAAAAAUAAGCACAGCUUCUUAGUUACACCCCUAAAACAGAACAACAACACAAAACAAGAUUGUAGGGAAGUUUCCUAAAGAGGCAUCGGUAGAAGUCAUUAAAUUCGUGACUGGCAUGAGUGCCAAGGAAUAGAUGAGAGUUGUUACAAUAAUUCUGUCAUAUACUAAAUUUAUGGACAAGAAGAUUGAUAGAAAGUUUGACAACUUCACUUAAAAAAUAGAUGUCAUGGAUGGCAUCCAUUUUUUGUGUUGUGUACUUUUCCCUAACAUCUAUUUUUUUAGUCAGAUUGUCGAACUUUCCAUUCAUGUCAUUUAUCUUUUUGUUCAUGAAUUUAGUAUCUGAUAGAAUUCUUGUAACUGCCCUCAUUUGUUGCUUGGCAUCUAUGCCAGUCAUGGAUUUAAUGACCUUUACCGAUGCCUUUUUAAGAGACUUUCCUGCAAUAGAAAGGAGGGUGGCUAGACUCUUCAAAGUCAUGUCUCCAAUGCCUUGAAUAAUCAUAACGUUCGAGAGAUGGAACGGACAAUAGGACACCUUAGUGAUCUAUGCGUGAGUUGCUACCAUGGAUCUACGGGAGGGAGAAUUUUUCUGUAACAAAAAAAAAGAAAAAAAUAUGGAAAGCUUGGCAACUUGAGUAAAAAAAUGGAUGCUAUAGACUGAAAGCUUAACAACCUUAGUGGGAAGCUUGAUGCAAGCAACACCAUGGCACUCCAUCAUUAGCUAUCAUUCUGCUGUUGCCACCACUAUCGGAAAUGGUGGUUUAUCGGACUCUGAAAAUGGUAGAAAUGGUGGUUUUACAAAGACUCUGAAAAUGGUAGAAAUGGUGGUUUUACAAACGGCGGUGGAGAUUUGGGUGAGUGAAUCAUUAUCUUUGAUUUGAAACAGUAUCAGUAUAUUUUAAGUUUUCAAUAAAAAAUUCUCAUUGACGAAUUGUCAGCUUAAUUCAAGAUUUGUUUAAACUCUUGUCUAGGUUUAUGUUUAUUUCAGUGUUUACAACCUAUUUAUAUUAGUUAAACUCUUGUCUAUCUUUGGGUUUAAA